UUAUUUUGGAAAGUUGAAAUGAUUCCAUCGUCUUCUCCUGUUGUAUCUUUUCCUUUGCCUAAUCUUCGGAUCGAAUGCUUCAGCUGGAACCCUAACCCUAGCGAUCGAGCUCCUUGCCUCCUUGCGAGAUCUCUCUUACAAAGUCGGAUUUGUCCCCGUCCAUUUGCUUUGGCUUAACGGUCUCUCACUGUCCUUGCUCGAUUCCGCCGCGAAAGAUCGGAGAGAGUAAAUGCCGGAAGAAGAUCUGGUCGAGCUCAAGUUCCGGCUAUAUGAUGGGUCAGACAUCGGCCCUGUUCGCUACUCUUCUUCUUCGACUGUCGCCAUGCUCAAAGAAAGGAUAAUCUCUGAGUGGCCGCGAGACAAGAAAAUGGUACCAAAAGUUGCAAACGAUGUCAAACUGAUAAAUGCUGGCAAAGUAUUAGAGAAUGGAACAACGAUUGGCCAGUGUCGAUCACCUUUUGGUGAGUUCUCAGAAGGAGUUAUUACGAUGCAUGUCAUUGUGCAACCUACAUUGACUAAAACAAAAACAGAAAAGAAGGUCGAAGAGUUGCCAAAGAUGACUUGCUCUUGCUCUUGCUCUAUAUUGUAGAGUGAUUGACUAGGCGAUUGUUCUCUCCGUCAGCGAGUGGGAUCUGCCAUGUUGUUUGAUGGCAGUAAGUGAAAAUCGGCUGACAUAUCGAGUUGUUUCAUUACCAGAGAUGUCUUCCUGUUUGUGGUUUUACCGAAAUGCGUGUACUGAGUUGGUGAUAUCCUUUGUUGAUAGUAUUGAAUCUGGUUCCUGGCAUGGGAAGAGAAUGCCUAGUAGCAGAGAAUGCCUUCACUUAUGCACUGCAAUUUUUUUAAACGUCUUGUAUAAUUAACAGUAAAGUUAUUGUCUUAUAAUUUAGAGGUCAGUUUGAGUCAGAAAUAGUCUCUUACCAAGCAUACUCUUUUAGUCUGCAUAAUUUGUUUAUGCUAAUUGUAAAUUAAUAUGAUAAUAUUGAUGCUGUCUCAGUUGUACUGUCUAUCUAUCUUAUAUAUCUAAAAGAGGGGGGCGGAUCUCCUGGACCAGGAAUUCCUGGUCCCUCCCUGGACCACACAGGUAGUAUAAAAUUCACCCUCAUGUGCCACGCACGUGCACGCGCCAACGCCAAAAACAAGCCCUAGCUUUCUUCCAACUCCAGCGUCGCCUCGCCUCCCUCCUCCCUCCAGCGCCGCUCCCCCUCCCUCCCUCCACCCUCUGAUGUUGCCGACCUCCAGCAGCCCCCUCCCCCCUCCCUCCGACGUUGCCAACCUCCAGCGCCCACGGCGACCGGUUUCACGAAGAUUCCGCCUGAAUCGUGAUCUGCGAUUUUUUUUCUUCUUCUUCUUCAGGUGGCGUCGGGGGCGGUGCAGUGCCAGCUGAUGGAUGCUGUGCACCCGGGGAUGGUGCCGAUGUACAAGGUGAACUUUGAUGCCAAGAACGAGUACGAGAUGAUCCAGAACUGCAAGGUCCUUCAGGAUGUCUUUAAUAAGCUCAAUAUCACCAAGCUACAACGCUGUGGAGAGAAGGGAAGCGUGCAAAGGAGGCAAAGAAACCGCUCAACCAUCGUCCAAAUCUCCCUCUUCUACCCCAAAAGCUCAACCUCCAUCCCGUUCCACAAAGAGAAGCGACCGCCAUGCAGGAAAUAGGCCACGGAGAGCCCCAAGACUUGUCAGCGCUGAUGUUUGUGAUGCCUUAUAUGAUCUACUCAGGAGGCUGAAGCUCUUGGUGUAUAGGCUUCAGAAAGAGAGAGCCUUCUACUCUGGGAAGCUGAGAGACAUUGACAUCCUGUGCCAGAACCCGAGAUGGUGCAUCUACCAAUUGUAGGUGCCAUCCAGAAGAUACUGACCGCUGCAGAUGAGAGUUCGUCAUCGCCAGUCGUAGCGGAAGCAGAGGCCAUGACAGCAGCGCAACGGCAGCUACAAACUACUGAAGCAGCGCCGUGCACUCUCAGUCCAAUCCCUGAGGAGACAUCUGAAGAGGAGAAGCCGGAGGCGAAGCAGGAGAUGCUGAGGAAGAGGAAGAAUGUUUGCACGCUGGAUGUUAAAACGGCGGCCAGCUCCACGCUGUCCCGAGGGAAGAUUCUCCGGCAGUUCCGACGUCCACAGCUAGCUGUUAAUUGCUCCUUUAACAAUCCGUUCAACAAUUUGUCUGGUAAGCGUAAGCUUUUUGAAUAGAGACGGGAGAGAGCACUCCUGAUGUCCAGCAGCUGGUCGCCGAUGUAUAAGUAUGAAGACAUUAGCCUUACCGUUACUUGAUAACUUUUUGAUCAAUUUCAUUUUAGCCCUGGAAGUUUACCUUCAUUUUAAAUUGACACAGGAUUUUGAAAUAGUCAAAAUGCCUAAUGAACAUUUUAGUUAUUCUUUAAUAAUUUUUAAAUUGUCAAAUUCAAA